AGAGACGAUCUUUGCAACCGCGGUGCAUUGUGGUCCAGUACAGUGCUCUUGCCUCUGUCCUCUUGUUUGCUACUUCCCACUAUUUUGCUAAUCUGGAAAAGCUGUGUUUCCGGACUGAAACAAAUCCUCAUGUGUUGAUUCAGGACAGUGGUUAGUUAGCAGCAGGUAACUGGAUUAUGUUAUUUGUUUUUUCGAUAAAUGUCACGACAAAAUGUUAAUUAUUACGGAGAGUAAAACGUGCAUUAUACAAGCAGCUGAGCCUAUUAGCAUAACAGAAGUACGAAGGAUUGUUAAAGAACUGUGAUUAUAGGUUAGAGAAGCAUUGUAUUAGUUUACUUCAGCCAACAUUUGAUGAUAAGUUGCUAUUAAGACUUUUCCCCGUGUUUUUUUUUUUUUUUUUUCUCCACUGAGUGAAUUCAGUCAAGCAUCUCUGGGACCAUUGAUGAGAUCACUAAAGCGUUUGCCACACGUGCUCUCAUUUUUUGUUUUUGGAAGCGGAAGUUGUCCUUUAUUUAAUCUUCCUUCAUUCCCUGCUGCCUAAUGUUCAUGACCUCUCUACUGUAGUAAACGUAAACUCCCCCAAAAACAGGAUGGCAGUCUGUGUGAAGGCUGUGUGUUUUGGUGGCGUGGAGGUUAAACUGCACAGGCUGCUGCUGGCUGGCUGCAUGAACUCCUUCAGGAUUCAGUUUCCUGGCAAGUUUCAUUCUAAGCGCCUUUUUAGUUCUCUGUGUCCUUUUCCCUCAAGACUUGAUGGGACUCAAACCCUCAUUCUUUGUAGUCCACGUACAGCCGUGUACCCCCUGAAACACACUGUGCCAAUUGGAAAUAGUAAAGUAGGAUUGUUCAGCAGGAGCUACAGUGAUGCACACUGCAGUCAAAUCCUAUCUGCGUCAAGAUGCCUGUCCCGGAGACCCAAGUCUGCAGGGAUGGGAAAGAAAAACCUGCUGAAAGGAGGUGUAGCCUGGCCUGUGUCGUUUCACCGCAGAAUAGUCAACGACGCUCCCAUUUCCAGCGUGCCUCCAACUUUCGUAGUGAUGAAGUUUGACCAGGAAGGAAAUGUGACAUCUUUUGAAAAGAAGAAGACAGAGCUUUGCCAGGAGCUCUGUCUUCAGGCCAGAGACCUUCGCUUUCAGCACAGCACCAGCCUCACUACCAGGAACAACUGCAUUAUCAUACGAAUGGCGUCUUUGAAAGCCAUCCUGACACCACAGUACCUUUUGGUGUUGGAUUUCCGUGGUCUGGGACUGGAGCGUUGGUUGGUACUGGACCUUGCGCCUCAGCUAGCAUCACAGACACACACUCUGCCCUUUGAGUUCAGAGCAUUGGAGGCUAUCCUGCAGCACAAGAUAAACACUUUACAAACUCGGCUAAAUGAUGUUGAACCUGUUAUACUGGACACUCUGGAGUCGCUUGUGGAUCCUAAAAUCCUUUCUGCUGAUAGAAGUAAACUUCAUAUCCUGUUGCAGAACAGCAAGAGUUUAUCAGAGUUGGAAACAGACAUAAAAGUUUUUAAGGACUCCUUGUUGAAGAUCCUGGAUGAGGACGAGAUCAUUGAGGAGCUCUGUCUCACAAAGUGGACGGACCCAAGGGUUUUUGAGGAGAGCAGUUUGGGUAUUGACCACGCUGAAGAGAUGGAACUUCUGCUGGAGAAUUACUACAUGCAGGCGGAGGAGCUGGGGAACAAGGCCAGAGAACUGAAAGGACUGAUAGACGACUCAGAGAGUGUCAUCUUUAUCAAUCUAGACAGCCACCGUAAUGUGAUGAUGCGAUUGAAUCUGCAGCUUACGAUGGGUUCCUUCUCCCUUACUCUGUUCGGUCUGAUAGGAGUGGCCUUUGGGAUGAAUCUGACAACAGCCUUUGAAGAUGACCCUCGUGCUUUCUGGCUGGUAACAGGCUUCAUGUUCUUGGGCAGUGGGCUUAUAUGGAGACGACUUUUGUCAUUUUUAGGGCGACAUCUAGAGCCUUCAGUUCUUCCACCGAUCCCUCCAGUUUGGAAGAGAAACGUCAAACCUGGAGUCAGAUGAAGUCCAGUGUAAAAUGACUCAGACGAUGGUCUCAUAUCUGCAGCCCUCUUGAAUGCUUUAGAAAAGGCUAAAACACCUCUUUGUGUUAGUCUCAUACCCACAACCAAGGCUGAGACUGCAUCCAGGUUUCUGAAGACUCCAUGUUAUGUCUGCAUCUGCAUCUCUCUCUAAUUGGACGUUUUAAGUUUUUCUUUCAUGUAGACAGAACAAGUGAGCACAGAAUGUUGCAGUCUGUCAUUGCUGGGUUUGGGGCUGUGUGGGUGAGGGGUAGUACUGGAGCUGAAACAUUACUAUCGCUCUGCAGUUUGACUGUCCAUUUCAUAAUAAUGAAUAUUGUUUCUGUAGUAAAGUUCUAUUAUUUAAAUUAAUCAAAAACUUUUAAAUAUGUGUCUAAUGUUAAGUGUUAUGUCUGUAUGCAGCAUGUAUGGAUGAAGUUGCCUUCUGUUUUUAAAAUCAGGGUGGUUACAGUGUGCAACAAUCUUCUGGAAAUCAAGACUAUCAGAUUAUGACCUGGUAUGAGGUGUGAUUAUCAUCACAAAUCAUUAAAAGCAGUAAUGCACAGGAAAUGUUGUUAGGCAACUCUGAAGAGUGUUUAUGAGCUGUGUUCUGAGUUUUUAUUCAGUUUAAAAAAGACAAAAGAAAAUUAAAACGUUAGAUGGUCUUCAUACGGGAAGUUAUAGUAUCACCUCACAGAUAUUAUAGACUUGUUGGUAUUAUGAAUGUUAAAGGUGAAAGCACAGUGGAGACAUGUACAUCUGCAAUGAAGGAAGACUUUGGAGUGUAACUUGAAUGCUGCUUUAAAUAAUUAAAAACUGUUACUAAAAUGUUUAUCAAAGGUUCAGUUUAGAGUUUUUUUUUCUUUUUCGAUUUAUUCUAUUUUCUACUUUUCAACUGCAUUGUUUUCCUCAUGGGGAUCCUCCACAUUGAGGCUAUGCCUACUUGAUUUGUGGGGUCAUUGCUGUGGGGAUUGCCCUGGUCAGGGGGUUUGAGGGGGCCCUGCACUACAGUCCUGGCAGUGGUGCAGGCCCUGGCCUUCCCUGAUCUGGGCAGUUCCUGUGGUAAUUCACUCAGUGGUCUGUGAUCCCCAAUAUAUUGUUUUCUCACAGCAGCAUCAAGCCACAUGUUUAUCACCACUUAUGUUUUUAUGUUGUUUCAGUUAAAGAAAUAGAAACUAGAAGUCAGAGUUUAUAUUUGUGCAGCAAGGGGUAGGGGUUGUAUAUGUUCACUGUGUGAGUGUGAUGUGUGUGAAAAAGACUAUGAUCCGGUGUGUGUUCUUGAACUUUGUUUAUUACUUGAGUCUAUGUCUUUUAUGUACAAAAUUUGUUUUUAUUACUUAAAGCACUUUUUUGCACUGCUGUUGAAUAAUAAGUGCUUUAUAAAUAAAGUUUGAUUGCACAGAGGCGGUUGCAAAAUGCCGGACACUGAGGAAAACCUUGCAUAUAUCAGCUCAAAUUAUGCAACAGAUGUUGAAUAAAUUUGGCUUCAUUUGAGGAGUCAUAACUAAAAA